AUGCCCUUCCUCCUGCGAGACACGCCUCACCUCUGUGUGCUCUGGAAACCGCCUGGCUGGACGGUUUCUGUUUCACACAGCAGCGUGGCCGAAGCUCAUGCCGCUGAUGUACCAGGUGUGCAAGGUGGCCGUGCUCCAAGGCUGCAGGACUGGAUCAAGAAAACACUGGGUGUCGACCACUCCAUCGCACUGGACCCAUCGGCAGCUUAUGGCCUCUUACAUCGCCUGGUGCCUUUGCCUAGUCUGAGCUGA